GAAGGGGGGGGGGGGUGACACACCACCACACCAUCCGUCAAAAAGUGAGUGCAGAGAAUGAAAAAGCGAUGAUACAAAAAAGUGGAGAGAGGGAUGAGAAAAGAGAGGCGCAGGAAGAGUAUUAUGACGUGCCGUGCUACGGGAUUACAUAAAUAACACUGUAUAAACGCACUGGUAAUACUGAUGUGUUUUUGCAAAAGCAAUAUGUAGAGAAUUAAAGUGGGGGGGGGGGGGGUAUUGCAUGAUGACAUUUACAACAGCGGGAAGUGCAGGGUGAAAAAAAGGGAGGCCGUAAGCCCGGAGAGAUGGAGAGAGGGAGAAAGGGGUGAUUGACACAUGACUUUUAACCAUUGAGAGCGGGAGCUGGAGGGUGGGGGGGAGGGCCGAGAGGGAGAGGGAAGGAAAGUUCAACACGGCACUGAGAAAGGGAGAGAACAAGCCAGCGAAAGACAGAAACACUUCAUUUUCUAGAGACGACAAAAAAAAACAAAAAAAAAAAAGCUGGAGAUUGCAAAGGUUUUCGGUGUCACCACAGAGGGUGGCGCUGUCUGGAUGUGAUUUUCUUUUUUAAAAAGGCAAUGCGUGGAAGUGGAGCACCGAGGGUCCUCUCUCACUAACUGCCACAUUACAAGUCCAAGGACCUUCUGAGAAACCCGUGGAUUGGCAGCUGUCCAUUCAAGCAGACAAAGUGUCAAACUGUAAAUGUUCAAGCUCAUCUGGGAGUAUCGGCUUCAAGUGGAACAAUUCGAAAAAUUAUCUUCCAACCACAAGCUGGGGAAGAGGUUUUCCCUACAACAGUGAACAGAACCACUUGCAUGGAAUUAGGGGAGAGAGGAAGUAGUUUAGGACAAAUUGUAUGAACUCCCUCAUAACUGAAUCGCUCCAUAUUUAAUCAGCUAACCUGAAACAACCCUCCAAAGUUAUACCAGCCUUUAUUAAUUAAAGAUUACAGCCGUAUCCAUUUUUCGCUUCGCCCUUUGAUUCGCUGGAUGUGGGGGAAACGGGGGGAAUGCAGCUGUCUGUUCUGCGGGUGCCGAGUUUGAGCGGGGCGCAGACGUCCAGGGAGCUAGCCGCAGGGAUGGCGACGGCGGCCCUGAUGGGGUGAACCGGAAAAACAAAAAAAACACCCGGAUGCCAUGCUUCAGCCAGUGAGCGAGUCUCCCGCGCCACCCCUGGAUCGAACCCGGACACUUGCCGACACCCCGAAACAGACCAGCCCGGGAGCUCCGAGCCCCUGAGCGUUCGUCUGGACCCCAAAAACAGACCCCCAGAGGAAUCGGGCUGACAGGCCGAGAGACAGCCGGAGAGCCCGGUUCUGCUGACUGGGGCGUGAGGCGCACGCGCACACAGACGGGAACGCGGUCCUCCGAACGGACCGGUCCACAGCAUCCCGGGUCAGCGUUGCCCCACCCAGCAGAGCGAGGGGGUGGGGGCAACCCGGAAAAAAGGAAGCGCAGCGAGAGGGGGUGAAGGGUCCCAGUCGUCGCCAUGGCUCCUGAGGGCGUGGCCGAGCUCCGGGAUUGGCUCUUCCUGCUGCUGCUGUGCCUGACGCUGCUGGCCGAGAUGCUGGAGCUGGCGGCGGCGGCGGCGGCGGCGGCGGAGGCCCUCCAGGAGGCGGAGGGCGACGUGGCGUGCCCCACGGCGUGCCGCUGCGACGAGGGCUUCGUCUACUGCAACGACCGCGGGCUGAGCGUCAUACCGCCGCUGCCCUUCUCCGCCGCCGUGCUCUACCUGCAGAACAACCGCAUCGACAACGCCGGCCUGCCCACCUCACUGGAGCGGCGGCUGACGGUGAAGGUGGUCUACCUGUACGACAACGAGCUGGACGAUUUCCCCAUGCACCUGCCGCCGUCGCUGCGCGAGCUCCACCUGCAGGACAACAACAUACGCAGCCUGCCGCGGUCCGCGCUGGCCCGGCUGCCCCUGCUGGAGAAGCUGCACCUGGACGACAACUCCGUCUCCACGGUGAGCAUCGAGGACCAGGCCUUCGCCGACAACCCGCGGCUCCGCCUGCUCUUCCUCUCGCGGAACCACCUGUCCAGCAUCCCGUCCGGCCUGCCGUCCUCGCUGGAGGAGCUGCGGCUGGACGACAACCGCAUCUCCACCAUCCCCACGCACGCCUUCCGCGGGCUGUCCGCGCUGCGCCGCCUGGUGCUGGACGGCAACCUGCUGGCCAACCAGCGCAUCGCCGACGACACCUUCUCCCGCCUGUCCAACCUGACCGAGCUCUCGCUGGUGCGCAACUCCCUCCAGACGCCCCCGGUCAACCUGCCGGCCGCCCACCUGCAGCGCCUCUACCUGCAGGAGAACGCGCUGGCGCACGUGCCCCGGGGCGCCCUGGACGGCAUGCGGCGGCUGCAGAAGCUGGACCUGUCGGGCAACAACCUGACCACCCUGCCGCGCGGCCUGUUCCGGGACCUGGACAGCCUGGCGCAGCUGCUGGUGCGGGGGAACCCCUGGUACUGCGGCUGCAACCUGCGCUGGCUGCACGACUGGCUGCGCAGCCGGGGGUCCUCGGUCACCGUGCGCGGGCUCAGCUGCCAGGCGCCCGAGCGGGUGCGCGGCAUGGCCCUCAGGGACCUCACCGGCCAGAUGGAGGAGUGCGACGGCGGGGGAGGAGGUGGCGGCGGCGGUGGUGGUGGCGGUGUUGGUGGCGGUGUUGGGGGCAGGGACAGAGGUGGGGGUCCGCCGGUCAUCGUGACCACCCUCCCCCCACCCCAGGGCUCCCUGUUCACGCUCAGAUCCAAGCGGCCGGGGCUGAGGCUCCCCGACUCGGGUCAGGACUACCCCCUGGGGGCCAGCGGGGUGGGCAAGACGCUGGUGCUCAAAGUGAAGCCCCUCACGCCGGACACCAUCCACAUCACCUGGCGCGCCCCGCAGCCCGCCCCCUCCUUCCGGCUCAGCUGGCUGCGGCUGGGCACCAGCCCCGCCGUGGGCUCCAUCACGGAGACGCUGGUGCCGGGCGAUCGGCGCGAGUACCUGCUGACCGCGCUGCAGCCGCGCUCCAGCUACAUCAUCUGCAUGGUGCCGCUGGCCGGGGGCGGGGCCAAGGGCGGCGCCGGCACAGACUUGGACGAGACCCCCGUGUGCGCCAAGACGGAGACCUCGGACGCCGGGCAGCCCGGCUCGGACGAGGACGAGGACCGGGGCUCCGAGCAGCUGACCGCCCUCCCGCUGGCGGGGAUCAUCGGCGGGGCCACGGCCCUGGUGUCCCUGGCCCUCAUCUUCGGCAUUUUCUGCUGGUACGGGCACCGCGCCGGGUACCUCUCCAGCCGGGAACAGGCCACCUACAGCCGGGGGGGCGGCGGCGGCGCCGGGUCCCGCGCGGGCAAGCACUACGAUGACUACGUCGAGUCGGGCACCAAGAAAGACACCUCCAUCCUGGAGAUCCGGGGUCCUGGCUUCCAGAUGACCCCCAUGGCUGCCCAGCAGCCGCUCCGGCCAAAGCCCCGCGAGGACUACGUCAUCCACACCAUCUUCCCUUCCAACGGCACCAGCCUGUACAAGAGCACCCAGCACCACAUAGCCAACGCCGGCUACGGCACCAACCGCGGCUACCGGGAAGGCGGCAUCCCAGACAUAGACUACUCCUACACGUGAUGCGGCCCCCGGGCUGCUCCCAGUGCUCUCUGUUGACGUAGGCUUUUCGGCCCUGGUUCCAAAGCACCCCCGUCUGCCAGCUGAUUUCCAUUCCGCCCCAUCGGUUAUUCGGCAAGGUCGACCGUAACAAGGAAAGGGCUACCCCCGCCUAGAUCAAACUUGCAACCCCCUGCUGAAAAAUCGCUAGAAAAGCCAGCAAUGUCAAUGAAGGUGUUGGCAAAGCACAUUUUUCACCUUAAAAUACCUAUAGACGUCUUUACAGCAUUUCACCCCCCCCGCCCCCCACUUAAACAGCUCGCUUACGAUGGCUCCUGGGGGUUCGGCAGAUAACUGCCAACAGAUUGGCUGGAAUGAAAAUCAGUGCAGGCUCGCAGGGGGGCUUCACUCCCGAGUGCUGAGGGAACCAGGUGUACAUAGAAUAGAGCUAUACAACCGAGUUCUGUGGUCAAAUCUGAUAGAGAACACAGAAUGUCACACUUUAAAAAAAAAAAAAAAAAGAAGAGGAUUCUUUGUUUUUAGGCUUAGUUCUGUCUUUCCAGUUUGGCUUGCCCUUUUUUUUAUUUCCUUUGUAAGUUGGGAAAAUGUCUUUGUUCCUGUCUGAGGAGUUGACAGCGGUGAUGACAGGUUUGACAAUGAAGAGGCCCAAAUUGCCGUUGGGUUUCUUUUUAACGAAGGAAAGGCGACGGGGGAAGUGUGUGUGUGUGUGUGGGGGGGGUGUGUGGGGGGGGUGAUGUUUCGCACAUGCAAGAAAUCUAUUGUGCCCCAAAACAAAACAAGGCUUGUUAAGUACACAUCCAGAUUUAGGAAAAACGGAAAAGAAAGCGAGACGGUUUUAUUAUUCAAAUCCCAAAGUGGGUAGCUGUUCGUUUCCAGCGUGGUUUCACUACACAGCCCAGAUUAACAAUUUUGUUACGUUUUUAAUAUUUGAAACGCAAGUAAUCUAAAAAUGGUUCGCCUCAACAUUUGAAAAUCCCAGACCUCCUCUGAUUUCCGCAGUGCUCUACACAAUCCCGAGCCCAGGCGUGCGAGGACAGGAGAGCCACUGCUGUAAAAUCACCCGAAAUGGCAGAACAACAAAGAUGUAAUGACAAUCAAAACAAGGACCCGUGUUGUCAUCGGAGAACGAACCCCACGCAAAAAGGUCACGAAGGGUGCGAAUGUUACCGUGGGAGGGUCGAUGAACACGGUCGCCAAGGAUACCUUUAACAAAAGCUAAACGCCAUGUAACAACCUUGACACACAAACAAAAUGGCCUGUGACUUAGCUACAGUCUAGCCCUGGCGUUGAAAUUAAAAGCUAGUGGUUGGUGGUGGACGUGGGGAACGGGGGUUGAAAAUUCCAUGAAAAUCAGGGAUUAACCAAACCGCAACACUGUGGACCCUUACACUUGAGGUAAUUUGGGGUGGGUGGGUGGGUGGGCGGCUGGGGAGGGCAGAAUUCUGGCUUUUUUUGUGAUCGGUUUGUAACACGCUUUUAGGACAAUCUGCCCUUUUUCCCCCUCAUCACCAGCUCAUAUUGACGAAGCGGCGAAAGCAUGAAAUGGGGAGAGGCAAAGACUGACAAAAUGGCCGAGCGCAAAAAAAAAAAGAGGAAAACUAAGGGAGAAAGACAAACGGCACAGGUGCAGCACUCUCGUACGCGAGCGUUUGAAACUCCACGCUGCAAAGCCCGCUGCCUGCUCUGUACCGCUGUAGUGUAACUCCGCAGCAGGCAGUCCAUCAGUCGAGCAGACAUCCCUAAUGCAAUUCACAGCCAACACGCAUUUGUAAAUGUUUCAUUUGACAGAAAAGGAAGUUCUCCUCCUUGCUGGCACCCAUUAUAAACUGAAAGGCAUUAAUGCAAAAUAGGGUUGUUUUUACACUUGGAAAAAUUCAUAUUUAACACGAUAUUGUAUCAUGCAAACUUAUACUGGCUGCACUUGAUUCAUGUGCAAUAUUUCAAGAGAGCUGCUUAUUAAAACUAUCCCUCAAAAAAACCUGUUGUGUAAUGUGUGGGUCUAUGUACUUGCAGUACAGUAUAUUUUCGGUAUCACGCAUGUCCUCCGUUGCCGUCCGGUAACGACAACUUGGCGGCGUGCAGCUCAAGAUCCCAGGAACCGCCGUUCUUCAAAAAAACAAGAUGAUCCAGGAUUUCCCAGGUGGAACCUGUCUGCUCCGUUGUAGUUAUGUGGCUGUUGCCCAGCAACGUUAGCCUCUGUAAGUACAAUGUCACUCUUAACUGAACCAAGUGACAAUCUGUGGCCAUUGACUGUGUGUAGAGCACAUCUAACACCGCCCGCUUGUAAAUAUGUACUUCUGGCAAAAACAGACCUAGUUAUAAAUGAAGUGUUAAUGCCUUUCAGAGUACAAAGUAAUUUUCCGUUUGGACAAAUGACAAAACCCGAGCUUAGUGUGUACCUGUUACUCCGAUCUGCCAAUAUGAGGGAUUUCCCUUUCAUCAAGCACAGUCCUUAAACCUAUUACAACAAAAAAUGUAAUAUCACCUUUUGCCAAAGUAAGGAUUUCUGAGAAUAAUACCCAUGCCCAGAGGGAAAGGCUGCGGCCUCCAUUUUGUUUCCAUUCCGGAUUUUAAAGGAACAGCGGGCGGAAAAGGUUACACCGCUGAUCCUAAACGCCGGUGACUCUGGCACACUGUAUCCCUCACACCCUCCCCUAAAACACAGCGUGCUUCUGCUCCCUGUUCAAGCUCGCAGGGCCCAGUUUGCGUGUCUAAUCUCCAGGGACGCACAUUCUUCUU